CCAGACCUAUGUUGGGACUGCACCGGUAGAAGAAGAGUCGCAAGUUGCGUUCACCACUUCUUGUAUGGGUGGUGAAGUGAAGCAGUGGGUUCUGGCGGAGGCGAAUGCCGCGGGGUUUGACGAUAUAGGUGAGUGGGCGAAGACUAUGACCUUGAAGCAGUUCCUCGCAAAGGUCAAGGACCGCUUCUUGGACAAGACCACGGCCGAUAAGGCCUUCGACCAACUCACCUUGAUAGGACAGAAGUCCUGGUCUUCCGUUAAGUCAUUGUCUCGUGAGGUGGACCGGCUGUUGCAGGUUCCUGGCCUUAACCUGCAGGACUCUCAGGUCCUUUAUAUCUACUCCCACGCGUUGCCCGAACCGAUACGAGGGCACUUGGUCGCCGAGGCCAAGUCAGGUAAGUAUACCUACCGCCAGUUCCGCGACCUUGCAUUGCAGCGGGAACAAAUGACUUCGCAAGUCAAAGGUUCCUAUGCUGCUACCGUAAAGAAUGGAGGAGGAGGCGGUCGAGGAGGCUACGACAAGCGGGUCAUAUGGCGUCAAAAGCGCCAAGACCACACCCUCGUCGUAUUCGAUGACGAUACAAUGGAGAAAUGGCCAUUGGAGUCCGAGGGUGGUGGUGAGAGCAACAGUGACUCCGGAAAGGGGGAGAUCACCGCUGCGACGGUCAACAAGGGAGACCGUCAUCGAACACUCGACCGAAGGGAAGACCACGCUCCUUCCCAUACCAUCCUGGGAUUGCGGCCGGCAGACCAGGAUGGAAACCCUUCCGCCCGUCGUUCAGAUAUCCCCACUCCUGUCUUAUGUCUGUCUCUGGACGACUCCCUUAACGAGCUGGGUAGCGAGCUAGUCGCGUUACGCAGUUCGUGGGCAAAGAAAGCCAAGUCUAAAGGGGAACUAUUGAUUGCCGAUUUGGUUGUCAAUAGCACACACGUUGGUGCGAUGCUGGACCCUGGGUCCACACGAUCUUACAUGUCUGAACGUGCAAUCCGCAAGUUGCACCUCGGCAUGAAGAUCCAAAUGUUAGCUAGACCAAUCACGUCUAUGUUGGAUGACAAAAGCACGAUGACGGUAACGCAGUACGUCGAUCGUGUUCGAUGUCAGUUUAGUACUAAGGAUGGGAAWAAGAUUUGGCAUGAGCUUCCCUUCCUAAUCGAGAAUAACAUGCCAUUUGAUAUCAUCUUGGGAAUGGAUUGGCACGAGGAAGCUGAUCCCAAGAUUGAUUUCAAACAGAAAGAAGUACGAAUCAAGGAUGAAUCGUCUGAAUUGCAAUCAAUUAAGUUGUAUCAUCGGUCAGGGUCUGAUUCUGUCUUGUCUUUCUGUUGCAUGAGCUACCCUGCAUUCCGAUCGAUGGUUGCAAAGAAGAAGUUAGAGGAUGAGGUAGUAAUGUUGUUAGUUAAGAAAGUAAGAGAGUCUUCAACUACCCAUCCUCCUGGCAUAGAUGCACUCCUAACGGAGUUUGCCGAUAUUAUGUCUGAGCCUACCGGGGUCACUUCGCGAGCUAUCAAGCACACGAUCGAGAUCGUGCCAGGUAGCAAGGUUCCCAAGGGCCCUAUCUAUCGCAUGUCUCCAAGGGAACUUGAGGAACUAAAGAAGCAGUUGUCUGAGUUGACGGAGAAGGGAUGGAUUCGCCCUAGCUCCUCUCCUUAUGACGCACCUGUCUUGUUUGUGCCCAAAAAGGAAGGUGAGUUGCGCCUUUGCAUCGAUUACCGAGGGUUGAAUGCCGUCACCGUAAAAAACGCCGAACCUUUGCCAAGGAUCGACGAUCUCUUGGAUCACUUGCAGGGUUGUAAGGUCUUUAGUAAGAUCGAACUUAAGUCUGGGUACCACCAGAUCGAGGUGGAUCCGGCCGAUCAGCAUAAGACCGCGUUUCGUACGAGAUAUGGUCAUUACGAGUUCAUCGUGAUGCCAUUUGGUCUAACGAACGCACCUGCGACCUUCCAAAGGUCCAUGAACGAGUUGUUCAAGCAAUGGCUCGAUGACUUCGUCAUCGUCUAUCUGGAUGAUAUUCUAGUAUAUAGUAAAACACUAGACGAUCACCAGAAACAUCUACGUCUAGUACUCGGGAAGUUACGCGAGGGUAACUUAAAACUCAACCCAAAGAAAUCCGAGUUCGCUAAGUCUGAGGUCCUAUACUUGGGACAUAUAGUGAACGAGGAGGGAUUGAGGCCUGAGGAAAAGAAGAUCUCGGCGAUCAGAGAUUGGGCGCAGCCAAAGACUCUGACAGACCUUCGAUCUUUUCUUGGUUUGGCGAGUAACUAUAGGAAGUUCGUUAGAAACUUUUCUGUUAUCGCUGCACCAAUGAGAAGGUUGCUUAAGAAAGGUACUGUCUGGCUAUAGGAUAAGGAUUGUGAUUUGUCUUUCCGAAAGCUGAAAUAUGCUCUAACUCACUAUCCUGUCCUCAAGAUUGCCGACCCGUCUCUUCCUUUCAUUGUUACGACUGACGCAAGUCAGUAUGGUGUUGGCGUUGUCUUACAACAAGACGACGGCAAGGGCUAGCGCCCUAUUGAGUUUAUGUCUAAACGACUGCCGUGCGAAAAAGUCGCCAACUCCACCUACGAAAGGGAGUUAUAUGCAUUAGUCUGUGCCCUAGAAACGUGGAAACACUAUCUCCUUGGCAGACACUUCACUGUGUACUCGGACCACUCGACUCUAAAGUGGAUAAAAACACAACCUUGAU